GUAGGGUUGUCUUAUAGUUAAUGAUAUCCUUAAUUAUACCUGAUAUUAUGUUUGUUGUAUCAGGUAUAUAUAUUCGUACAGGUGUUAAUAUAGAAGAAUACAUCCGGAAUAUAAUCAACUGGAUUCCAGGUGAAAGACAGGUGUGUGUUGUUAGAAUUCUCUGAUUAAAGGUGUGUGUUGUUUAUAGGUAAUUACAUAACAAGACGUGAAACCAGGUAUAUUGAUCUGGUGUCGGCUAGUAGCCGCCUGAUCUACCUGAGUUGAAGGCACAACGACGGUAAUUAUUGAAACAUAGCACGACGAACUCUUCAGUCGUGAUUCAACUAGAAUACUGUGGCAGCACUUUCAACUAAUGGAUAACUUUGUAAAGAUUUAAACUGUUAGCUAUAUGUAGCUUUUAGUUUAACUUAAGUUAAGAACAAUCUUGUGUGACUUAAGUUAAGAACAAUCUAGCGUAACUUAAGUAAAAGAACAUUCUUGCGUGACUUAAGUAAAAGAACAAUCUGGCGUAACUUAAGUAAAAAAACAAUCUGGCGUAACUUAAGUAAAAGAACAAUCUUGUGUAACUUAAGUAAAUAUGUGAACAACCUUGUGUAACUUAAGUAAAUAUGUGAACAAUCUGGUAAAACUUAAGUAAUGAACAAUCUUGUAUAACUUAAGUUAAUAUAUGAACAAUCGUGUGUGACUCAAGUAAAUAUAUGAACAAUCCGGUGUAACUUACGUUGAUAUAUGAACAAUUUAGUGUGACUUAAGUUAAUAUAUGAAAAAUCCGGUGUAACUUAUGUUGAUAUAUGAACAAUCUAGUGUAAUAUAUGAAACAUCCGGUGUAACUUACGUUGAUAUAUGAACAAUCUUGUUUAACUUUAUGGUGUUCACUAUAGAGUGCAUAAAAAAAGUUAAAAUAAGAUGAAAUAAGAAAGUCGUUCAACAAGAAAAAUAUAACUUGGAAUUCAGAAGCCAUAGCUUAUUGUUAAAGUCACAUUUGAAGAUUAUAAUGUGGUGAACAAUAAUGUGAUGAAAAAUAAUGCUUUAGAGACAUUUUAUCGAAAUGUCAAAUCAACCAUUCCAUGUGUUAAAAUAUUCAACGAUUGAAGGCAGGGAAUUUUGAGGGUCCGGUGUGUGCAUGGAUUCAAGUCUUCCAUUGAGUGUAACGUGUAUGGAUAGCUGGGUAUAUUAAUAUGAUGGGAAACAGAACACGUCCUUUAUAUCGCUCAUCCUGGACAAUACAACACAAAUAUUAAGACAAAGAUUCCGAGACGAUAUUUUGAGAAACCAUUAAUUCAGAACUACAUAACUACUUAGCUUGAUAACGUUGAGAGAAUACUCUACGAAACGUCGCCUUAAAUACACUAGUAGCUGUUUUCCAUAAGUAUGUGUUUUGUUGUUACUCUAUCCAGUUACUAAAUGCCAUUUAAAGAACAUACAUAACUCAAGUAUCCAUCACAGGGAACAUUAAGCCGCUGUAGAAUUGAUGUGAUUAAGAAAUAGUAUUUUGAGAAACCCUUAAUUUAGAACUCCUGACACAGGACAUUAAGCCGAUGUGAUACAAAUAAAAAAAUUGAUUAAGGGACAAUGUUUGGAUGAACCCUUUUUUAAGAAUUGUGUAAAGUCUUCAAAUCGGCGUAAAAAUACGUAACUGAUAUUGAUAUAAUGCACGAUCAUGUUUCGUCCGUGACAUAAAUCCCGUUCAGAAUUCAGAUGACAAAAAGUGAUCUAUCGACAAAAGACAUGGAUAAAUGAUUGAUUUCUAUUCGAGUUUCUUUAGUCCAAAUAUCACCGCCAUGUUUCAUAAACAUUAUUAAUGAGUCUGCCACUAAAACAGUAUUAAUCACAUAUUAUGUGUCUGAAAUAUUAGUUUAGUUAUCUCGUUUGGUCGAUAUGCGUUCAAACCCGUUGGAUUAUAUUAUAUGUAUAAACUAAGCCAUGGCUGAUAAAUUGUUAAAGCAGAAGAAGAGUUUGGGGGGAACUGUUAUGGGCUUAUUGGCUGAAAAAGCGCGAGAGAAGUCGAUCCCGAAUAUCCCGGAGGAUGAGAGGGUCACGUUAAAUGUUGGAGGCGUAAAACAUGAAACAACGUUUGAAACGUUGCUGAAAAAACCCGGGACGCGAUUACAUAAUGUCGCGCUUGUUGCGAAACGGAAGGGAUUAAAGGAGAUUUAUUUUGAUCGGCAUCCGGCCCUCUUCGGUCAUAUUUUGAACUAUUAUCGUACGGACUCGCUGCAUGUUCCGACUGAUGUCUGUGGGCCGAUGUUAAAGGACGAACUGAAAUAUUGGGAAAUCGAUGAGAAUCAGAUAGAACAGUGUUGUUGGGUGACUUAUUGUCAUUAUGAAGAUACGUUAGAGAUGCUGAGGAAGUUUGAAGCCGAUCAUAGUUUGAGAUUUGAGGAUAAAUACCGGGAGGACGAGAACUUGUGGCAGAAGACGAAACCUAAAGUCUGGAAGUGGUUACAGGAUCCAUAUUCCUCAAAGGGUGCCUUGACGUAUGCUGUAUUAUCGCUGUGUGUGGUUACCUGUUCGAUCACGGUGUUUAUUCUGGAGACAUUACCUUACUUCGGUUCACUCACCAUCCACGCCAAACGUAAAAACAUUACCUUAACGUCAAGCGACCUGCGGAAAGACUUGGAUAUAUUUCACGACAUCAGUCCAAAUGACGUAUUAAUCAUCAUCGACAACACGUGUAACUUUUUCUUUUUUCUGGAAUUCCUGGUGAAGUUUGCCACGACUCCCGAUAAACUUCGGUUCCUAGGACAACCGUUGUCCGUGAUAGAAUUGCUAUGUCUUAUUCCCUACUAUAUCGCCAUUACAGUGGUAUUCGUACAUAGCGAUCCCAUCACCGUGUUCGAAAUAAUCAGAAUCCUAUUAGCAUCCAGGGUUCUGCGAAUUUUCAGGAUUUUUGUAUUGAUGAAACAUUUCUUGGCGCUGAAGAUACUUGUAUACACGAUGCGCGCGAGUGCCAAAGAGUUACUUCUGCUUGUAUUUAUCGUUCUUAUUGGGAUAAUAAUAUUCGCCUGUUUGGAAUAUUACAUGGAAAUAUUUACUGAUAUAGACAGUGACUUCGAACACAUUCCUCUGGCUUUCUGGUGGGCCUUGAUCACCAUGACAACAGUCGGAUACGGUGAUUUACAUCCCAAAUCUGGAUUAGGAUAUGUGGUUGGAGGUUUGUGUGCCAUCAGUGGGGUUCUGGUUAUCGCUUUGUCCGUUCCCGUAAUCGUCAAUAACUUUACCGUGUACUACACGCAUGCCCAAUCACGCGCCAAAUUGAAAGAAAGGCGCCGACGACAAGAAGUAGCCAACCAUUGGAGGAAAGGGAUGUCCAUGAUCAGACGUAACACAAUCCAAAGAGUAAUAGCCAAUGGGAGAGGAGCGAAAGUUGGUGUAAUUACAGACGAGGGGGAAACCUCAAACGGUCACAUUACCAAAGACGACAACUCGGUGGUCUCAGGCAGUAUUACACCCGGGGGGAGUGACGCAACGGGUCAAACUUCCACACGGACUAUCAGUAAAAUUAACCCUUCGGUGAUCCCUGAGGUCACGGGAAGUGACGUCACGGGUCGAAUACCCACUCGGACUAUGAGUAACAUUAACGUGCCGCUUUUAGACAAUCUAGAAGUCAACAAUCAACCUGAUGAACUCACGUUGCCGGGAACUCCUGUUUCUAAUGGCUCGCCUAUAGUAAAACACUCCCUUACCCCACCUUCGGCAAAAAACGGCGACGUUAAGUCUUCGGUGUCGUUCAUACAGACAUAACUGGCGGGUGUUGUAUAUAAAUUAUGGAGCGUUGACUGAAUAGAAUUUUAAUUAAUGUAUAUAUAUUUAUUGACUUCCGCUAGGAGCUUAGCUAAGGGCGUUCCUGUUAUUCAUUUUAUUAUUGACAAGCAAUGUUUUACCUGGGCUUUGUAUUGUUGACAUUUCCUUUGAAUAUAUUCCACCGUGGCAAAAACAUUGAAUUUUUAUUUUUAAAAAAUGAAGA